AUGAAAAAAUUAGAGAAGUUUUAAAUUGUCAAAAAUAUGAAAAUAUACAUUUUAGAUGAUAUUCACAAACUAUAAAAAAAAACAGACGAUGAUUUUGUUACAAGCCCUUUUAGUAUCAACACUGAUCGAGAAUUAUUACCUGAUUUAAAAUCGAUAAUUUUAAAUCAAAGUUAUUUAGAUAGAAUCAAUUAUGAUGGGCAACCAUACGAUGAAACAUACUCUAAAAGUAUUAAGACUGAUUCUUCAAGUAUUUAUUAAAUCUAAAUAUAGAUAAACUUUUUAUAUUUGAAGAAGAGCAGUUUGUAAAUGGGGAUUCCAUAUCUUCAGAAUAAAUAUCAAAUGAAUUUUGA